AUUCUUAACAUAAGAUUUCCCAAUAAUUGGCCGGCAUGAACGCCAAACCGUUUAUGCGCGAGUAUGGUAAAUCAGAUAGCAGCGCAGUGAGCGCAGACGUUACAUCAGACUGAGGCAAGAGCACGAGUAUUGGCCAUCAGAUAGAGGCUUGUAGUGUUUACAGUAGUGAUGACCCUCGUGGAUUUCCUGUGAAGGGUCAGAUCUGCCCAAUGGCCCAUCUGUUCCUGACACAACACAAGUUUUGAUAACUCCCCUAAAAGUCGACGAUAAGAUAUAAACAGCGUUGGAAUAUUAUUUAAAAGUAUAUAUAUAUUGUUCAUACAUGACGAAGUGUAUGUGUGAAAAGUCUGUGAUACCAAUGUUUGUUACGUGAACGACGGCUAUCAAGGGUGUAUGAUUUUUUUUUUAUAUCUGGAAGAACUUCUGUAUAUAAAUACCAGAUGUGCUACCGGCUCCUGCUGCAAGACAAGAAACUUACGGUGCCGUAGAAUUAACGUUCGUUAAGUUCCUUCCAGAUGCGAUGAACAGGUGUGAUAUAGUCUAAUUGAUAAUAAUUCUGAUAAUUAUUGAAUAAAAUACAAAAAUAUAUUAUUUCAUUCAUCGUUCGCCUCAUUCGUUUCUUUUGAAAGACACCGGCCGUUGAUAAGAGAGUUGUUUAUUUGGUAUCAUCGGUUUCUUAAGAAACAGAUCUUGGACAAUGGAAGAAAUGACAACGCAAAUCGCAAACAGUACAAACGUUACGAAGAACGAUCAUUAUGACUUGUUCAACGAUGUUUACGGCUACGAAUAUGAUUACGAAGAAUCGGUGAAUAAUAUUCCUUUAGAUGAGUUGAUACCAGCAAGUAUCACAUAUUCUUUAACUUUGUUAAUUGGUGUAAUUGGAAAUACUUUGGUCAUAUUCUCCAUUUCUUAUUAUAAACGUAUGAGAAGUACAACUAAUGUAUUUUUGUUAAGUUUGGCGUGUGCGGAUCUGCUUCUGGUGCUGGUUUGUGUUCCUAUAAAGUUUGCUGCAUUCUUUGCCUUUACGUGGGGCUUUGGUGAAUUUCUGUGCAAGUUUGUUCACUACAUGCAGAAUGUAUCUAUGAUCUGUUCUGUGAUGACACUGACAGCGAUGAGUGUUGAAAAGUUUAUUGCGAUAAAGUAUCCACUUCAAGCCAAAUCAGUUUGUACGAUGAGAAAUACACAGAUUAUAGUUUGUAUAAUAUGGCUGGUAUCAUUCAUCAUGGCCAUACCUAUAGUAUUUGGCAGGAUACAUAAAGAAGUAGGAUUUGUAAGAAAAGCUUACUGGUGUAUACAGGAAUGGUCUAAACAGUCGUAUGCUAUCGCCUAUGAGAUGUAUAUGUUUUUCAUAUUGUUUUUACUGCCCGUUGGUGUGAUGACUGUUACCUAUAUGUUUAUCUGCGUUGAGAUCUGGAGAUUGGCCUCGGUUAGAGCGAGCAUGAGGACAGGAAGAGUCAUCUCCCCAGGUGUGUAUAUGAUGGCUAAUCAGUCGAUGGCUGGUGAGAAUUCAGAAGCUUCAGUACCAUUGAAAGGACGACCUGCAGUACGUCGUGGUCAGCCACAAUCAUUUAAAAAAACACCAUCAGAUAACACCAGAAGACAGGUUGUGAUAAUGUUGAUGGUAGUCGUGUUUUUAUUUACGAUUUGUUGGGCACCUAUUCUCUUCAACAACCUAUUGGUGGCGUUUGGAUACCUGGAGGAACUACAUAUUGGAUAUCUGAAACCGAUGCGUAUGGCGUUCUUUUUGUUGUCUUACGUCAACAGCUGCGUUAACCCCAUUGUGUACGCGUUUCUCUCCAAGAACUUUCGGCAGAGUUUCAUUUUCGCCAUUUGUGCUUGUAUCAAAGGACGUGCUUUUGUACGUGCGUAUACAUUCAGUCGUUCUGUUGUGACACGGACAUCCACCAUACACACACAAAAUGGCCGCUCGAAGUUGAGUAGCGAAAAGGACACGAACACGGCUAUGUUAUCAGAGACCACUGCGCAAUCUCCACAAGAAGACAUGGAACUCAAAAAAAUUUGAAAACCACCAAAUGAUGAUUUUUAUAUAGGCUACUGAGACCUUUAAACGAUCAAUGUCGAACGUCGUUGGUGAGUGUUCUGAAGUAGAUAAACGACUGUGUUAUCAUUAACACAAUGUCAAAUAAUUGAAUAAUUAUUAUCACCUGGUGUCACGAAUAAAAGCAAGGAUUGUCAUUUUAUUUUGCAUUGUUAUCUUGGGUUCCCUAAUUCACAGAAGCCUUCAUGUAAUGCCUCGUUAACGUUUUUCUAUAGCAGAGUUCAGACAAGCAGACGACAUUUUUUCACACCAGUUCCCGUAGCUUAAUGUCAUUUGUGCGAAAACCAAUUUCAAGAAGCUUAUGGAAACAAUUGUGUAAUUAAAGCUUAGCAUGAUUAACUUUUCACGAAAGAAUUGACUUUCAUCUCCAUAUGAUCAGGGCACACUAAUGGUUAUUUAUCCGUGGUGAUAAGUCGAAUUCUUUUGGUAGUAUACCUAUUGUAUGCCGAUAUUAUUUUAAUACGCCCACAUUAGAAUGGGGUCCUUUAUUGUCGGUACGUUGUCCAGAAUUACAGUGUUUGUGAUCAUGAGAUUCAUAUUGUUUUUUUAGCGCAUUCUGAUCACCCGAUUGACAAUGUUUGUGUUUAUAAGAUGAAGAAUCCAGUUAAUUAUCCAUAAUUUCAAAAAAAUUACUUGCAUGUACUUUCGGAUGUCUUUAUCUUGUAUAUUUUGAUAAUGUGGGCGGGCCAUGGGUUCAUUACUGAAUUAUUUGAAGAAAAAAGGAUAAAACUGUAGUUUGUUCUGUGAAAAUAUGUUGAGUACAGAACACCGCAAUUACUAAUUCGGAAAAUUGUUUGAAUGAAUAUGUAAAUUGAUUGUUUACAUUGAUCUAAAUGAUUAUGAUAUGGUGCUUGUUUGGGUUUGGUUUUCAACCAUUACAUGUAUAUAUCUGUACUAUUAUGAAACAGGGUAAUUGUUUUAUGAACAAUAACCAUUGAUGAAAAUUUAUUGCAUAAUAUUAUAUUUUGUUUUACAGGGCGAUUCGACGGUGUUAUUAGAGCUGUAUCAAGUGUUCAAAUUUUUAUGUAUACCAAAUAAUUAAAAAUUCACUCAACGUGUCCCACUGAGGUUGACGAUAGUUAAUGCCAUAGCAUAUAAAGCUUCGUAGAGAGAUAUAUUUAUAAAUUAUUAAUAUAGAUAGUGACGGCUAGAUUCGUAGAAUGAUAAUAUCAUUUGCUGACUGCUGGGAAGUGGGUGCCCUGGGACAUAUGUGUAUAUAUAUUAAUAAUGCAUUUAACCGAUAUCGUUUGACGUCGUGAAUAAUUUCAGUAAAUAUCCCUUAAAUUAUUAGGUAACAUAAGUAUUAAGGAGGGGUGGCAAAUUCAGUGAGUUUUCGGUCAGGAAGUCAGGUUCGCAUACCUAAAAAGAAUCACACAACUUUUAAGAUAAAUAUCGUGGUAUUUGGGAAGAAGGCGGUGUCAGAAAUGGGCGCUUUAGAAGUUGGUUUCAUGUCUUUCGCACUCCCCCGUCCAAAUGUUCGUGGGCCCGUAUAAAAAAAACCCCAGACUAUAUACAAAUUAGAAUGUGACUGUACAUGUACGUUGUUGUCACCCGCUUAAUAACUUGAACGGCCAUAUUUUUGUAUUCUUGUUUAUUUUAAUUUAGCCUGGUUGUAUCGAAAUUAUCACAUUUAUUCACCAUAUACCGAAAAAAAUGUAUGCUUAGAAACGUAUACCCCGUAGCUAUUUAUAGGUUAACCGAUAGACAUUUACAAAAAAUCUUGCAGGCGCACGUAAUAUUCAGUUUCACAUCGCACCUGUUUAGAAUCAUCUUUUUUCGUCCAUGUUAUUUAUUUUGACGUCAAUCCUCUACUUUUGUCGCUAAUGAGAUACUUGGUAAUUUUAAAUGAUACAAAUAAUGAUAUAUCGACGAAAGGGAAAGCCACCCAAACUUUUUAGUGUUGUAGCUCUUUACAAUAAAAAAUACAAUUAAGAAUAUAGGUCCGACGGUCUACUAAGUCGUGAAACCGUGUUGACGUGCUAUUUAAUCGAAUGUAUUGAAAGCAAUAUAGUGUGCUAUAAACAUAUAGCUUUGAUGCUUGAUCACCAAACAUUUAACCAGUACUCCAUUAAGUGUAUUUCCGGUGUAGAAGACAAUUUUUAAGAUGACGGGCACCAACCAACUGUUAAAAUAUUGACACUUCCAUGACUGUAAAUGGCGAGAGACGAAAUAUUAUUGUUAACAAGUUAAACGCAUAUUUUUACGGAUGUGAUAGAUUAUAAGACGACAGUUGGUAUUUGAUUUAUGUAUUCUAUUUAAUUGCCUAUAAGCUAUUUGUAUGUAUAAAACAUGAACAUAUUAUUGCCGUUUAUUAUUAAAUGUUAUUUAGUAUUGUGGUGGCCAUUUAUUAGUUUUGCCAUUUAUUGUCUUUGUCAUUCUAUUUAUUAAUUAGUUACUUGCGUAUUCUGAGCACAACUCUUCUUAUUACUACUAUUAUUGUUAUCUUUAUAACUAGUAUUACUAUUAAUAUUAUCUUCAUAAAUUGUAUUACUAUUAGGGCCUAUCAUUAUAACUAUUAAUAUCAUCAUUACCAUUAUAGCGUUUCAAAAUAAUAAACGUUGCGUUUCAUGUUAAUUUCCAUUGUUUUAAAGAUACAUUAUGGGAGAUUAGAUAACGGAAGUUCUCACUAUACUAGUUAAAAUUUAGAUAAUGUAAAGGCAAUUUGCUGAAAAUUUCAUUGAAAUUGAUCCACUAUGAACCAAGAAUUAGGCGAUUGAAAUUUCCGCCUAGCCUCGAUCACCAUUACUAAAGUCAGUACGACAAAAAUCAUAGUCUCGAUUAACCAUUUAAUCAUUAAAUCGUGAAGGAAAGUUAUGCAGUAAAUUGGAUCAUAAUCCACUACAGUUCGCAGACUAGCGAUGCCAUCGAGAGUUGAUUAUGGUCUAGAUAAGUUAAUUAAUGUGUAAUUAAUAAUUUAGAUAACAUUUCAGGCCUAAAGAAAGACCUGCAGUAGGCAGAUUUAGCUCUUACAUAAUGUAUGUUUAAGGCUAUUGUGACUCAGUGAGUAACCGACUGGCCCACUAACCUGGAGUUCCCGGGUUCGAUCCCGGUGUUGACUGAUAAAGUUGAGGUGUGGUUUCCUGUGCAGGGAGGGUUGGGGCUGACGAUAAGUAGCUUCUAGUCAUUCGGAUUGUACUAGUCAGUUCAGGUAUACACUUUUGCUUGCACAUAAAAGAACCCUUGGCAGUUGGAAUUCAAUUUGCUGUCCGGGCAAAAAUUUCAGAAAUAGCACACUGCAUGGCGUGUGCCCUUCUUUAUUAAAGCGAAAAUUUCAAAUUUUUAAGUUAUAUUUUUAAAAUUUAUUAAAAUAAAGCCUUAAAAUGGAUGGUAUCCAUAAACAGUCUUACCUUGUUAAAGAAUAAUCCUUUUAAUCCUAUAAUUCACUAUUGCCAGCUGAGAACUUGGCAAAAAUAUAAUUUUCAACUUCAAAUUCCAACGUUGAGGAAAUGGCUGACCAUUGUUUUCAAUAUGAAAACAAGGGAGGUAAUUGUGUUGUUAUUUCCUGUGUAAAUGAGUUUUAAGUGUGAGAAUGAAACCUAUGAUCGUAUAAUAGUAGGUUGAUAACCUAUUGAGCAAAAGACAUAGAAAUAAUUAUGUUUUGACUUUCUUAGAAAAUAUGAAAUUCUCGCUUUAACUCGGUAGGAGCAGUUAAGUAGGAAUUGUGGGAUUUCGACACAGCACUGAGAAUACUUUAACCUCAAAUGGAAUGAAAUACGGGUGAAUUUCUGCAAAUGAAGACGGACAUUGUGCUUAGAGUGAAAUUUUGCCUGGACAGCGGCGCUACGGCCUACUCUUAUUUCGAAUUCCAUCUGACAAAGAUUCCAACUGCCAAUGUGUAGCGUGUCUCAUCCGAACGACUAGACGCUGUUCCUUGCCAUGCCCUACGUUAGACACAACUUCCAGGGAAUUUUCUCAACUAACACCCCUUGCGAACCCGGGCACUCGAGAUUAUCGAGUCGGUGCAUUACUCUCUGAUCCACCUCCGGAUCCCAUAUCUUAAAUUUUGGUGAUGUAUACAACAUCCACGCUUAUAGACACUGUACAUAUAAAGAUCAGAUUAUGUAGCUUGCACACAGUCAACAAUAAAAUUCAAUGGCAAAUCUAA